GCCUAAAAAGCAUUGAUGUCGAGAGUAAAUGAUUCAUUAAGGAUUGAGUUAAUUGCCAACUCUCUCAGUUGCAACAUUACACUACCAGAUGAGGAAAAGGAUGUGUGGAAACUUACAGGUUUUGUUGAUCCAGUUUCUUGGGGUAUUUUCAGAGCAACGUACACUGUCCACAGGACGCUCUGCAGCGACUCACCGAGGCACCUCAGACAGAACCUCGCAAACCCACCUCCUCUACCAAGUGGAAGGACAAGGGCAACAAAAGCACGAUACCACACAAUGGGAUCUCUUACAUACAUCAAGAUUCUGGUGUUAAUGGCUAUUGCACAAGAUCUGCCCAGACUUCAGGGCAGCCACAAUGGCCCAGCAUUAUUUCAGCUCAGGUCGUCAGAGUUCAAUUCUGGUGUCAUACGUCUAGCCCAGGACAGGAUCAUCGGAGGCUCUGAAGUCGAGCCUCACUCCCUCCCAUUCCAAGCCUCCUUACAGAUACGAUCCGUUCAUUACUGCAGUGGGAGUCUAAUUAACCUCUCCUGGAUCCUCUCUGCAGCUCACUGUGUGAAACCUCCGUAUCUCAUCACAGUUGUCCUUGGUGAACACAGUCUGUCCAAGUCCGAUGGUACUGAGAUGUAUUACAUGGUGUCCAAACUUAUCCUCUUCCCCUAUUACCAGCCUGCAACGUUUAAACACGACAUCAUGCUUCUGAAGAUUAACAAGCCAGUGAGACAGAGUGCAUACAUCAGCCCUGUACCAAUUCCAACGUCCACAAAGAGGGUGCCGAAAGACACGAUAUGUACCGUCUCAGGAUGGGGCGUCACCAGUGUUUACAGUUACAGCCUGUCGGAUGUGCUUAUAGCAGUUCAGGUUCCAAUCAUUUCAAAUUACGUGUGCAAUAGACCUUCCUCCUACAACGGCAGAGUUAAUCACUACAUGAUCUGUGCAGGAUAUCAGCAGGGAGGCAAGGAUUCUUGUCAGGGUGACUCUGGAGGGCCAUUGAUCUGCGACGGAAUAAUUCAAGGAAUCGUCUCCUGGGGGAUCAGCUGUGCACAUCGCAAAUACCCAGGCGUUUACACCAACGUAGCUAAAUACAUUAAGUGGAUAGGAAACAAAAUAAGAUUUUGAGUACAGCUCAUCACUCAUCAUUCCUGGUUACUUGUGAAAAUAUUAGAUGCCAUCCAGUUAAUUUCUUUUUUGCUUAUGUUAGUCCUAAAAAAAACCAGAAAAAAAGUUUUCGAAAUUGCCUUUUGUUUUAGAGCCAAUUAAUGCAAUUAUUUGCGCAAUUUAAAUCAGUUUUAAUUGAAUGUGACUAACAACUUGCCUCUAAUUAUAAUCAUUAAGUUGAACAGAAAUGAGAUUCCCCCUCCAACUCUUCUGAAUUCCAGUGAGUACAGUGCUAGACCCAUCAAACACUCAUCAUGUUAACCCUUUCAUUCCCAGGAUCAUUCUCUUGAACCUCCUUCGAACCCUCUCCAAUGUCAGCACAAAACUGCUCACAGUACUCCGUGAGCAUCACUUCCUUGUUUUUACAUUCAGAGGCCACUUUACUAGGUACACCUGAUAUCUAAUCAGCUGUUCAAUGCUAAAAGCAUGCAGUCAUGGUCAAGGGGUUCCGUUGUUGUUCAGGCCGAACAUCAGAAUAAAGGAAGCGUGUGAUCUGUGACUUUAGCCGUGGAAUGAUUGUUGGUGCCAGGCAGGGUCGCUGGACCAGAUCUCCUUCCUGGGAUUUUCAUGCACGAUCAUUUCUAGAGUUUACAGAAAAUGGUACGCAGAACAAACAGUAUCCAGGGAGCAGCAGUUCUGUGGGUGAAAACUCCUUGUCGAUGAGAGAGGUCAGAGGAGAACAGCCAGACUGGUUCCAGCUGACAGGAAGGUGACAGUAACACAAAUAACUACACGUUACAACAGUGAUGUGCAGAAGAGCAUCUCUGAAUGCACAACACAUCGAACCUUGAAGUGGAUGGGCAUGAAGAUGAAGAUGUACACUCAGUAGCUAUUUAGUUCAUUACAGGAGGUACCUAAUAAAGUGGCCACUAAAUUUAUAAUCUUGUCCUCCGGAAGUGAAUACUAACUUUGCAUUUGCCUUCCUUACCACCAACUUAACAUGCACGUUAACCUCAAACCAUACAUCCAGUAACUUAACUCAAAACUAGAAGUUCAAAGUUCGAAGAGAAAUUAAAUUUAGUAUCAAAGUACAUAUAUGUCACUGUAUACAACCCUGAGAUUCAUUUUCUUGUGGGCAUUCACAGUAAAUCCAAGAAACACAAUAGAAUCAAUGAAAUAUUAAACACAAGAGAUUCUGCAGAUGCUGGAAAUCCAGUGCAACACACACAAAAUGCUGGAGGAACUCAGCAAAUCAGGCAGCAUCAAUGGAAAUGGAAAAACAGUUGACGUUUUGGGCUAAGACCCUUCUUCAGGUCUCAAUGAAAAUCCACUCUCUGCAACGCAUGUGCACCACACUCCUUCCUUUCACAAAAUGUCCGUCAUUCUCUGAGCUCACUAACGGUGAUACAAACUAACUGCUGAGGUUCAAGGCUGAAGCACGUGCCUUCAAAUUGCUGAAAGUGAAAUUUUAUUAAAACCAGAAGCGUUUAUAUUUUAUGGUCAUUAUGGGACUCUCCCGGUCCAGAAUGAUAAACCAGAAAGGAGCGGUUAGCAUAAAUGUGGGUCACAGCCUAAGUUUUUAACUCAUUACAGAAAAUUUUCUUUACCAUUUUGCUUACAGAAAGCAAACAACAAUAGAGUUUAUCCUUUUAGAGCUGAUUCUGAAUUUAUAGGUUAGAGCAGAGCAGUUACCUAAUGGUAACCACUCCCAUCUCUUCUCCACAACUUUUUUUUGUUUUCUCUUUCCAGUUGCCCUCUCACCCUAUUCCUUUCCUCCCAUGUCCUCAGGACCUUCCCCUUAUUCCACUCUCCUCUCCAAUCAGAAUCCUUCUUCUUCAGCCCUUUACCCCUUCCACCUAUCUUACUUCAUCCCCCACUCCCCACCCACCUUGUCUUACCUAUCUCCUGCCAGCUUGUACUCCUUCCUCCCCUCUUCCUUCCAGUCCUGAUGAAGGGUCUCCACCUUAAAUGUUAACUGGUUCUGAAAAGAUAAAGAUUAGCUUUAUUUGUCACAUUUACAUCAAUGCUGUUCAUUGCCAGAGCAAUGACGAGAGCUAAAAACAUCACUGCUGACUCCACCCACCCUAACAGUCACCUAUUCACCAAAUUGGCAUCAGGGAGAUGCUACAAGUCCAUCACCACCAGGACUACAUGUCACCUCCAAAAGUCCUUUCCCAUAGCUACCCAGCUUCUCAACAAGACUCACUCAGGUGUAAUACCCUAACUGUCCCUGCACAACAUCCGUUAAAUGGUCUUUCAGCUCUCCUUGUUCUGUUGAUAAUUAUUGAGUCUGUUUGUAUGUUCACAUUUAUUAAAGUUUGAUUAUUGACAUUUGCACGUGUGACCCUUCUGCUAAUCAUUGAUUGCUCAUGCCAGUCUGCUCCACUGUCUUGUAAAUAGUUGUUUGCUCUUGUGUUGUCUGUUACGGUAUUGUCCUUUGUUUUAUGCUUGGCACCAAAUCACAAUCAAUUCUGGCAAUAAAGUGAUUCUGAUUCUGA